AUGGCCGCCCUCUGGCGACCACCUCAGGACUGGGGCCGCGUGCCCUCGUCGCCCACAAUGGCGCCCAUCACUCUCAGCCAAGGAGACUCCGUCAUUGGCCCUCUGGUGCAGCUUCUCAAUGAGGACUGGGUCUCCUGGUGCAGCUCCCCUGACGACAUCGACAGCAACACUCACCAGAGCGACCACCAGGGCUACCAGUCCUUUGAGCAUGGCGCCGUCAGGCAGGAGAACGAGUCCAGCUACGAGCGGCGGCCGACAGAGACGGAGCAUCCUGGCCUGCACCCAGCUGGCUACACUGCACCUGCUCCUGGCUACGGCGUACCCCCACCAGGCUUCAGCGCCCCUGCUCCUGGCUACAGCGCCCCUCCAUCUGGCUUCAGCGCCCCACCGGCCAACUACAGUGCGCCUGCCCCUGGCUACAGCGCGCCCCCAGCGAGUUACAGCACCCCUGUACCAGCCUUCAACGCGCCUCCCACCAGCUACAGCACGCCUGAUGUCUCCCAACCCAGGCCACCCCAGCAGCAGCCACCACCACAGCCACAGGGCCGUAAGCGGCCAUACGAGGAGCCGCGAGGCAGGGGCUACUAUGAGCACCGGGAAGACAAGAGGGGCCGGUCACCUCAGCCGCCUGCAGAGGACGAUGAGGAGGACUUUGAUGAGACGCUUGUGGCCAUCGACACAUACAACUGCGACCUGCACUUCAAAGUAGCCCGGGACCGAUACAGCGGCUACCCACUGACCAUUGAGGGCUUCGCCUACCUGUGGUCAGGUGCCCGUGCCACCUAUGGUGUACGGCAGGGCCGUGUCUGCUACGAGAUGAAGGUCAACGAAGAGAUCUCGGUGAAGCACCUGCCCUCCACGGAGCCGGACCCCCACGUGGUGCGCAUCGGCUGGUCACUGGACUCCUGCAGCACGCAGCUGGGAGAGGAGCUCUUUUCCUACGGCUAUGGUGGCACUGGCAAGAAGUCCACUAACUGCAAGUUCGAGAACUACGGCGAGACCUUCACUGAGAACGACGUCAUCGCCUGCCUCGCGGACUUUGAGUGCGGGGAGGAGGUGGAGUUGUCCUUCAUGAAGAACGGCAAGUGGCUGGGUGUGGCCUACCGGGUGCGGAAGGAGGCGCUGGGCGGCCAGGCCCUCUUCCCCCAUGUCCUGGUCAAGAACUGUGCCAUCGAGUUCAACUUCGGGCAACGCGACGACACCUACUUCUCCGUCCCGCCCGGCUUCACCUUCAUCCAGCACCUGCCGCUGGCUGACCGUGUCCGUGGCACUGUGGGCCCCAAGAGCAAGGCUGAAUGCGAGAUCCUCAUGAUGGUCGGCCUCCCCGCUGCUGGCAAGACCACGUGGGCCAUCAAGCACGCGGCUGCCAACCCCUCCAAGAAGUACAACAUCCUGGGCACCAACGCCAUCAUGGACAAAAUGCGGGUGAUGGGGCUUCGGCGCCAGCGCAACUACGCAGGGCGCUGGGACGUGCUGAUCCAGCAGGCCACGCAGUGCCUCAACCGCCUCAUCCAGAUCGCUGCCCGCAAGAAGCGCAACUACAUCCUGGACCAGACUAACGUGUAUGGCUCAGCCCAGCGGCGGAAAAUGCGCCCCUUCGAGGGCUUCCAGCGCAAGGCCAUCGUCAUCUGCCCCACGGACGAUGACCUCAAUGACCGCACCGUGAAGCGCACGGACGAGGAGGGCAAGGAUGUGCCCGACCACGCCGUGCUGGAAAUGAAAGCCAACUUCACACUGCCCGAGGCGGGCGACUUCCUGGACACGGUGGUGUAUGUGGAGCUGCAGCGCGCCGAGGCCGAGGUGCUGGUGAAGCAGUACAACGAGGAGGGCCGCCGCGCCGGGCCCCCUCCUGAGAAGCGCUUCGACACCCGACCUGGAGGGGGCCGGGCCGUGGGGACAGGAUUGCAGUCGUCUGAGCCCUCCCUGCCCUGUCCGCCAGGCUUCAGCCGGGGCAGCUUCACCCCAAAUCGGUGGGGGAACAACACCAGGGACAACAACACCAGCACCCGGGGCAGCUACAGCCGCAACGCGCAGCCCCCGAGCAGCUACAGCCCUGUCCGCGGACCCAGCACCUACAAAGCCAGCGGUGGCAGCAGUGUCAGCGCCAGCACCGUGGCCCCCACCAACACCAGCACGGCGCCCCCCACCUACAGCCAGGGCCAGCAGCCGACUUACAGCCAGCCCUACAGCCAGGGGGGCUACAGCCAGGGCGGCUACACUCCCAGCUACAGCUACGGGAGCACCAGCGGUUACAGCCAAAGCUACCCCCAGCCCCCGCCCCCGCCGCCGGCGCCAGCGCAGCCCUACAAUCAGCAGAACUACAACCAGUACCAACAGUACGCCCAGCAGUGGAGCCAGUACUACCAGAGCCAGAGCCAGUGGCCUCCCUACUACGGCAACUACGACUACGGGAGCUACUCGGGCAGCAGCCAGGGAGGGACCAGCGCCCAGUGAGCCCAGCCCCGCCGCCGCCCCGGCCUCCGAC